CAAGUGAGAAAGAGAAACCCCACUGGGCAGUGGAUUUUCCCAAGAUAAGUUAAGUAAAACACUGAUACUGUUCCGAAACUGAUAUAAAAGGGAAAGAAAGCUCACUAGUAGAAGUAGCAGCAAUAGUAGUCUCGCGAUCUGAACAGCGACAUAAAAACGUGGUUACCCUGGUCUCCCUUAAUUGAACUCACAUGAUUCUGCCAUCAUUUCAGUUAACAAACACACGAGCCAAAUCCAAUUCAACUCCUUCUUCACCCACGCGCCCAUCUACCACUUCACGCGCCACCGUCCUCCGCUCAAUAAUAACAGAUCUCGUUGCAGCCAACACCCGCGUCGGUGCCAUAAGAAAAACAAUAAAACAAUAAAACAAAAAAUGAGCUGAAACAAGAUCAAGUGGCUAAAAUUUUGGUUCCACAUUUUCCAAAUAUAGUUAUACUCUUCUAGCUUUCAUUCGCCCUUUGCCUUUGGAAUUUGGAUCACACUUCACCAAAAAGAAAAAAAAAAAAAUAGAACAUCAAAACACAGCCCCAAAAAAUAAGAGAGAAAAAAGGGGAAGAAACAAAAGAUCUCGAGUCUCUUCGUUUUUUUUUCUCACCAUUUAUUCCUCAUUCAUUGUUUCUUUUUUUUUUUUUUUCGGUUAUUGUUACUCUUCCUAUGUCUCGGGCACCAAACUAUGAGUUUCAGGAAUGGUGGAAUAAGCAGAGAGAAAAGAACAACGUAGACCUUUUCCAAGACAAGGAGCACCAAACGGAAUCAGCUCCUUUUCUUUCCGUCGACAUCCAGGGCGGCGGCGAUGUCAAGGGUGGUGGUGGAGGCGGCGGACGCGGCGGAAAAGCUCGUUCCUCCGAUCCAUUGGUGGAGAAGGACCGGGCACGGAGCGCACGCCAGCUGUCAUGGGUUGUGAGGCUGAAAUUCCAGCAGGUUGGCGCGUUUCUUGCGUGGAUAUCGAACGGCGCCGUCCAUCUCGUCCGGACAGCCAACCGGCGGAUCUCCUCGGCCGGAUCGCGGUCCGAUUCCUCGUCGCGGCUCUACCGGGCGAUCAGGGCGUUCUUAAUUGUGGUGAUCCUCUUAUUAGGGUUUGAAUUGUUAGCAUAUUUUAAAGGAUGGCAUUUCAGCCCUCCGGUGGUUGGGUCCGCCGAGGUGCUGGGGAUGGUGGGAGUUGUUUACGCCAGAUGGCUCGAGAUUCGGGCCGAGUACCUUGCCCCGCCACUGCAGGGUUUGGCCAAUGUGUGCACAUUUUUGUUCAUUGUGCAGACAGUUGAUAGGAUUGUGUUGAUCUUGGGGUGUUUUUGGAUCAAGUUCCGGCGGCUCAAGCCGGUGGCUUCGAUUGAGUAUGCCAGCAUUGGAGAGAAUAGGGAGGUGAAUGUGGAAGAAUAUCCUAUGGUGUUGAUUCAGAUUCCCAUGUGCAAUGAGAGGGAGGUUUACCAGCAAUCCAUUGGAGCGGUUUGUAUCAUGGAUUGGCCAAAAGAGAGAAUGCUUGUACAGGUUCUUGAUGAUUCCGAUGAUGUAGACAUCCAACAACUCAUCAAGGCAGAAGUGCAUAAAUGGCAACAGAGGGGUGUUCGGAUAAUAUAUAGACAUCGUCUCAUACGUACAGGUUACAAGGCAGGGAAUCUUAAAUCUGCAAUGAGCUGUGAUUAUGUUAAGGAUUAUGAGUUUGUAGCGAUAUUUGAUGCUGAUUUUCAGCCAACUCCAGAUUUCUUAUUGAAGACGAUACCUUAUUUCGAGGGAAAUGAUGAUUUGGCAUUAGUCCAAGCAAGAUGGGCGUUUGUAAACAAGGAUGAGAACUUGCUUACAAGAUUGCAGAACAUAAAUUUAUCAUUCCACUUUGAAGUUGAACAGCAGGUGAAUGGCUGGUUCCUAAACUUCUUCGGUUUCAACGGAACCGCAGGUGUCUGGAGAAUAAAGGCCCUAGAGGACAGUGGUGGCUGGUUGGAGCGAACAACUGUCGAGGACAUGGAUAUUGCCGUUCGUGCUCAUCUGCAUGGAUGGAAGUUUGUAUUUAUCAAUGACGUUAAGUGCCUUUGCGAGCUUCCAGAGACCUAUGAGGCAUAUAAGAAGCAGCAACACCGAUGGCAUUCUGGUCCAAUGCAAUUGUUUCGUCUAUGCUUUUUUGACAUUCUUCGUUCGAAGAUUAGUUGGGUAAAGAAGGCCAAUAUGAUAUUUCUUUUCUUCCUUCUAAGGAAGCUCAUUCUUCCAUUUUAUUCAUUCACCCUCUUCUGCUUCAUUCUUCCAAUGACGAUGUUCCUUCCCGAAGCUGAACUACCUGCCUUAGUUGUUUGUUACAUUCCUGGCCUCAUGUCUGUCCUAAGCAUUCUUCCGGCUCCACGCUCAUUUCCAUUCAUUGUACCAUACCUUCUGUUUGAGAACACCAUGUCAGUGACCAAAUUCAAUGCCAUGGUAUCCGGCUUAUUUCGCUUUGGAAGUUCUUAUGAGUGGGUAGUCACGAAAAAACUAGGAAGGUCAUCAGAGACAGAUUUGAUCGCCUACGAGAAGGAAUCUGAACCUCUAAUGCAAUCUGCCACUCUUCAUAGAUCAUCCUCGGAUUCGGGCAUCGAAGAACUAAGCAAACUAGAUUUGUCUAAGAAAAGUGGAAAGACGAAGAGAAAUCUUCUGUUCAGGAAAGAACUUGCUCUCGCAUUUAUCUUGCUAACUGCUUCGGUUAGAAGCUUAUUAUCUGCACAAGGAAUUCACUUCUACUUCCUAUUAUUUCAAGGUAUAAGCUUCCUGGUUGUUGGUCUCGAUUUGAUCGGCGAGCAGGUUAGCUGAGCUUCUGUAUUUGGAAUUUCGGGUGGAUGCAUAACCUUCUCGGAUCCCCAUUGAUUCAAAUUAAAAGGUCAGAAUGGCCAAAACCUUAAACCCCAUGAUCACAUUGAUUUUGAUCCUAAGAUGUUUAAAUACCAUGUGGUUUUUGGUUCCCACUUGAAGCGAUUCAGUUGCGGCUUGGCUCCAAAACUUGCAGUUCAGAUUGUUUUACCUAGAAAGUUAUUUCAAACCAUAAUAGAAAUGGAAACCAUGGGAAAACCAAAAAAAGGGGAUCACAUUUCUGACCUUAUAAUAGUUGAUACAGUUGUUUUGCCUGGUAGAACUUUUAGAAGGCAGAAAUUAUUAGAUUAUAGCAUUUAUUAUUCUUUUUUCAUAUGGACAAACUGUACAAUCACCAUAUAGUAGUAUCAUUGUGUUGUCGUUUGAAUUGGAUUUUUUCUAAGUCAGAUUUUGGUCCCCUUCGGUUCACAUAUGUUUUCCUGUGUUCCCAUUUUUGUAAUUCUUUUGGUAGCUUCAUUAUUGUAGUUGGAUUUGUUAUCAAUGACACUAUUGGCUUUCCUCUUUUUUCA